UUUUCAGUUAUUUAUUAAACAGUUACGGGGACGGAAUGAACUCAUUCAAAUUCACUCUGAUAAACCCUGAGAAAAGUAAUUCUAGUGUUAGUCAGUGUUAUUAUGCACAGUACUGUCUAGCCGUCAUUGAUUACAGUGUACGGUAUGGUGGUUACCGGGAAUUCACAUUUCCAGCCGAGGGUUUUUCCAGACUGGACACUUGCUUGGAAAAUCGUCGUUGGGAAUCUAUGGCAACAUCCAAUGAACGGAAUACGGAUGUUCUGAGUGGUGAGGAUUUACAGAAAGGUUUAUAUAUGUACAUGUAUGUACCUACUGUUUUUAGUGCAGUGCGAGAAGUUUCUCGUGCCACCUGAGGAUGAGACGUAAUUUUUUAAUUUUAGGAAGAAAGCUAAACUGAAAGUACAAAUCCAAAUCGGGCUUUCCAAUCUGAAAGUACAAAUCGGAUAUCUUUAUUGGACUUGCCGAGUUGGAAAACCCCAAACGCUGCAUAAAAGCAGAGCGAACAUUGCGUAUUUUCAGUUGAAGAGAAAAGGGUGGAAACACAAGCACGGUUGCCGUAUCUGUUUAGCUGAUCAAUGCGAGACACUUCAGACUAUCUGUAUUGAUAUUUUGGCAGAUAUUCUCAAGAGCUUGAUGAUAGACAGCAGGACCACUUGUUCGAGCGCGAAGAUAUAGAGUGACCAGGUGACAGUCUGCGAUGGGGGACCAAGUGGAGACUGAAGCAGUGGCAAUCGGAGGUGGAGAGAUGGAGAGAUUGGUGUCCACGGCACGUUUGAACGAUGACGGGAGCAGAGAUGAAACCGCAGCCGUUGGCAGCAACGGGGAUCAUCACCUCGACAACCAGGCUGGUAUCUUGUGCGAAACUGAAGACGACUGCGAUGAAAUGCUUGGUGACGAUGGGUUCGACUUUGGAAACGAAAUUGAAGGUUUUGAUGACGGGUAUGACGUAUUUCAAGAGGAGAUUGAGUCGGCAAGGCAGCAGCACGAGAAGGAAAGGAACGGACUGGUGCAGCAGCUAAAGCGGGAACGGGAGGCUGUGAAGACGCUGACUGAUGAAAACGAAAGAUUGAACAAUGCUUUGAUUGAGGUAAAAGAACAUUGUGAAAGGGAAACGGAGGAUAAACUGAAGUUGUUGAGGAUGACCCUGCAAGAGAAUGCAGACUCGGCUGUCAAGGAAGUUGUUGGGAAAUAUGACGCCAAGUUGCAGGCACUGAAUGGCAAGGUGGAUGAUCUACGGGUGGAGCUGAUGACCACUAAAGAGGCGGCACGGAGUGACCUAGAGGAGAACGUGCGGGUGCUGACUAAUGAUCAUAAACAGAAGUUGGCUGAAGCUGUCUGCAAGAGGGAACAGAAGCUGCAAACUGAGCAUGAGGGGCUAAUUCGUGAUCUGAAGUCCAAGUACCAGAGGUUAGAGGAGAGUUCAAAAGAGGAUUUGAAGAGGAUGAAAGAGUCACGUGACGAGCUGCAGGGGGUCCUGUUAAGAGGUAUAGAGGCGUCACCUAACGAUACUUUGAUCCAGGCUGCAGAGUCAUUUGCGGAGGACAAGAAAAACGCGAAGCGAGAUUGGCAAAUAAAAGAGGAGAAGUUGGAGGAGACGGUCCGUAACCUUGAGAAGGAGGUCCGCCAGACGAGGAAAGGCCAACAUGAGGAGGUGAAGGCGAAGUAUGAAGGGAAGAUCGCGGUUCUUCAGCAGGAGAAGGAGAGUUUGGAAACAGAGAUAAAGGAAAUCGAGAGGGGACAGCAAAAGGAGAGGGAGAAUGCCGCCGUAAAGAGGAGAGAGCUUCUACAGAAAUUGAUACGCAGCAACAAUGCAAUCAAGGACUUGAGAGGGAAAUUGGAGGCGAAAGAUGCGGUGUGUAGGCAGUUGGAAGAAAAGAUCAGAGAGUUGAAAGUCGAGUUUUCGCGAGCCAAAGGUGAGGCAGAGAGGCGGGAACAAGCUACUUAUAGGGAACACGAGACUCAAACCAACUACCUGAAGAGAGAGAUCAGCAAUCUUCGCGAGGCGUUGAAGGCGAAGGAGUCCGAAAACACCGACUUAAACAGACAAAUCGUGGAUAAAAUCUCUCAAGCGAAGGAUGAGAUCAUCAAACUGAAAUCGGAGUAUGAACGGGAGAAGUCCAAUGCGGUAGCCAUGUGUAAGAAAGAAGAGGAGGCAUCCAAGAACACAUUCUUCCAGACGUUGACCAAGAGGCAUGUUCAGACGGAGAAGGAGUUACGGGAGGAGCUCAAGAGAGAACAAGAGAAGGUGGAUCGACUGAAGGCGGAACUAGGAGAGAAGGAGAACAAGAUAAACGAACUUGAUAUACAUUUCAGACCUUGAGGCGGCCGCGCUGCCACCGGAAAAGAAGCAUGGCCUGUUCUGCAAAUUGAGAAAUGGUUCCUUCAGCGGGGGUAAUUCAGGCGGGGGUAAUCUAAUGACAGAGAGCCGCCGCUCAUCACAAGACACGAGCUCACAGUCAAGUACCACUGACAGUUAUAGAAAAGUGUCGAAAUAAAAUGUAUCAUGUUGGCGGUUGAUUUCCGGAUAAUCGCGUUGGAUUAGAUCCUGCAUUAGAUCCAGUGACAAUUGCUGCUUUUGAAUGUACUCUCACUUUGCAAUACACUGCUGCUUGUUUACAAUUAGUUUAUGCCCUUUGAGUUAGAGGCUCCAGUGACGUCUUACUGCGAAAGAUAAUCAGUCGUCAGUGUUUUUUAAACAGGAACCAAACGUCUCCGAAUGUGUUUGGCCCGAUUGUUCGAUGCAUUCUUUUUUCUAUAGGACGAUUUCGGCGAGAAAAAGAUCCGCGUUUUUUUCUUCAGACUUUAAAAAAGCGUCUAAGCGUAUAUUGGACAAUAUGCCUAAGAAAUCGGCUGUCUGCUUGAACUACUUCAUGUAUUAGUUUAUUCCAAUAAGUCAUUCUUUUUCGUGCAUUUUUACUAGUUGUCCAACGAGAGACAAAGCGCAACUUGAUUUUCUUAAGCUGAUGUUAGCCUGAGUGUGACCCCUUCAUACCUGAGUGACAGUUCGAGACAUUUCUUUAUCUGUUUCUCAAUAUUUCUCUAGCUGUAUGAGACUGAAAUAUGUGGAACAAGCCAAAAAAGUCACACCUGUCCGGUAAAUAGUGGCUUGAUUGAAUGUUACGCAGCAGGGAUGCUACAUUCUUGCCCAAGUAUUCAUAAUUUUGAUGAUGCAAACUGUGUUUGAUGUAUAUCGACAUUUCGGCAAAGUAUACCAGUUAGUCUUUGGCGCCACCUGUCACCGUUGGUGGAAACCAGCCUAGUGAUGUCCAGAAAAUAGAGCCAUUUUCUGUUCUGUAUAAAUUAUGCAAUAUUGUUUCGCAUUUUUCUCGUCUUUUUUUCCUACAUGUAUUUUCAGUGUGUAUUGAUUCAUGGCGCUUUGGCCAGCUUUUCGUCAUUAUACAAUUACAAUGUACUUCUUAAUUCCAGUACUUAAAGGGACAUCUUGUGCGUGGAUGAGAUUUGGGUUACCAGGAGAUUGACACCCUUGCUUGCCACCAUUCGCCACAACAUGGUAGACCUAUUACUCUUAUCAGAUAUUUUUGGCUCGUGAUGCGAGGUGGUUUUGGAAAGGCUUGCGAAUUUCAUUAGGCCUACAUUACGUUCCAGUGUAGCCUUACUGUUAUUUGUUGAUUUUUCCAUGAUCCUGUUUAGAGUAGUCACGCUUCAGCUGGAGGUGAUUUUCGUAUGAAAAACCGACAUCUCUCAUGCCCGGCCAAACUGUCCCUUUAAAGCUCGUUCAGGUCUACUUCUGGCAAUGUACUACGUCGUGUCUGCGGAACAUAUCAGUUUUCGCACGAAUAAUCACAUACUGGAAGCUCGCAAAUAUAUAUUCUUUAUAUGUUGUAUCAAUUCCAUGGAUAAAAAUAUUGAUUUAUUA